AUGGCAGCAUUUGGUUAUUCCGGUCGUUAUGGACGGAAGGGUUUUCGAGGGACGAGACCGUACUACCGGAGGUUUACUCGAUUCAGCCCGUACAAGAAGUGGAGCGGUGGUCGAUGGGGUCACCGUGGUGGCAGCAACAGGAAGACGAAGAGCGGCAGCGGGAAGCUGCUUAGCCGGAUUACUGCGCUCGAGAAGAGGCAGAAGGAUGGCGAGACAUCCAAGUUGGAGCUUGACUUGGCGGUGCGCUUGUCGACCUAUUGGGGCGGACCACUGAGCAGCAGGAAGUACUUUGAUCUUCCCAUCACGGCUAUCAUGAGGGAGUACAUGAAAUGGAUCAAGCGGACGAAGUUGGUUGUCAGUGGGGUGAGCAUUGAGAUGCAGGUUGAGAACUCGCACGAGACGGAGUUGCUGUUGUGUGGCAUAUUGCGCCCAUUGGUUAUGGGUGUACCGCCUGGACAGGUGGUUGCGCGACACGGUGGUGGGAACAUGUUCAACUUUGUCGGUCGAGGGUACGAGGAGAAGCCGAUCUUGAUGGGACCGGAGGAGGAUCGUGUCCAGGCUAUGGUGCAAGGUGUUUUCUCGAAACCUGCUGUGGAUGGUUCCUUCUUUGGUGCCGGUAUGGACAACGUGAAGGAUUGGCAUGUCAGACAGUGGCAGGUGAAGCGUGGUUUGGAGGAGCAGCGCACUACUCGACACCGGCAGUUGCGUCUGAGGUUUAGCGAGUCGCGGAGUGACAAGCUUGGCAGUUCCGUGAAGAGUGAGAGUGUGCGAGUGUAUUGUGCGGUGGAUAGGGAAGUGGGUACUUCUGUCAACGAGGUGGACUUUGUUCUUUUUGGUGGUUUCCGCAACCCAUAUUCACUGCCGAUGACGAGUGGAAAGGAGGAAGGCCAGCUAUUGGGCAGGUCGCGUGAGAGUUAUUCCGGACCGAGCUUGCUAGGGAGGAGAACUGUGGUGACCGCUGGGCAGGGACCCCUGACGAUGUGGAUCGUCACUACCAAUGGCAGUGGGACGGCUAUCCGUACCCACAGUUACAUCCUUGUUGCUCAUGCAUACGUCGGUCACCACAAGAACGAUGUGGUAAACCUUGCCAACCCAGGGGGAGGCACUAGCCCCGUUAAACCAGAAGGAUCUGCCAGGUUCCUGGGAGUCUGGUUGGACUGGAAACUCAACUGGAAGGCCCACCUGGUGGCGGUGGAGAAGAAGCUGAGGACCCAGAGCUAUGCCCUGUCGAGGAUCGUGGCAAAGACAUGGGGAAUGGGGCUAGCCGAAGCGCGAGAAGUGUACACAAAGUGCAUCCGGUCGGCGCUGGCCUAUGGCGCAUCAUCGUUUCACAUCCCCACGGAUGUGGGAGGCGAGCCGGUAAAGAAAGGCAUCACUAAGGCCCUCGGGAAGGCCCAGAACAAGAGCUUGCGGAUUGUGGCGGGAGCCUUUAAGUCUACCCCCAUCCGUAACCUCGAGACAGAGACAUGGGUACCACCACUGGACUUGUACCUAAACAAACGGCUUGCAGAUUUCGAAAACCGACUCCAACGACCCGAUCUGGACGACGGUCAAGGCGGCAAGAAGACGGCGGCGAGCGUUGUCCUCACCGCCUGCCGCAAGAUACAGCAGAGACUUAGCUCGAGGAGGGGCAACAGGGGCCGACCGCGAACCUUGGGACCUCAGGGGCCUACGGCGGUGGAGAGAGCCGCGGGCACGGUCAUGCGCUGGACGGGGAGAACCGUUGAUACGAACAGGGUAGUAGAAGAGGCUUGGAAAGCGAGGUGGUUAAAGGAACGGGACGGCAGGGCAAUCACCAGGCCGGCGGACGACUUUGACCUUCAGCAGGAGACGCUAUUCCGGAACGAAACUCUAAGGAGGCACGACGGUCUCAGCAAGGCGAAGAGCUCACUGCUGAUUCGAAUCCGGACGGGAGCAAUAGGCUUACGGGACUUCUUGUUUACACGGGGAGUCCCGGAGGUUCUGACUCCUGCCUGCGAGUGUGGCGAGGGACGAGAGACUGCCGAACACCUGGUAGUGUGGUGUUUGGGCUCACCGUUGACUCGAAGAUAG